AUGGAGUACAUUCACAAAUACCACUACCAGCCUGCCGAACUGGCUGCACGGGGCGAGCUGCCACCGCUCGAAGAGUCGCCCAUAUGGCUGCUGGGCCAUCGCUACGACCCCGAGGUCGGCGGCCUCUCCAGCGCCGGCGUCUGCGACGAGCUUCGCGUCGGCGGCCGCGGCCGCAGCACCACGCACCAGCACCACCACGACUCGCCGCUCACCACGCAGGCCAGCGACCAAGGCGAGGCCCAGGGCCAGGGCGAUGAGGAAGAAGGAGACUGCGGGCCGCCCACGGUGUUCACGAUGCUGCACGGCUCGGAGCGGCGCUGGGCCUCGUUCCUGACUCACUUCCGGUCGGUCGUGUGGUGCACCUACCGCGCGGCGUUCCCGCGGCUCGGGUCGGACAGCUACACGUCCGACAUGGGCUGGGGCUGCAUGCUCCGCACCGGCCAGAUGGUCCUCGCGCAGACCCUCACCCGCCACCUCCUCGGCACCGAGUGGAGGCGACAGAGCGAUCGUUCGUCGCCCCUCUAUGCCAAGAUGGUGCAGUGGUUUGCGGACGAUCCCAAGCAGCCGUUUUCGUUGCACAGAAUCGCGCACGCCGGUCUCAAGUACGGCAAAAACGUGGGCGAGUGGUUCGGCCCCUCCACCAUGGCCCAAGUCCUCGAAGAACUGCUGAAGGAGUUUUCGCCGAGCGGGCUGCGAGCGUACGUGUGCCAGGACGGCUGUCUCUACUUGGACCAACUGCGUCGUACCGCCACAGCCGCGCAUUGGCCGCUCGACGAAGACGACGAUGAGGGCCAGGGAAAGUCGUGGGCGCCGAUGUUGAUCAUGCUGCCGCUCAGGCUGGGCCUCGAUCAGCUCAACGAGGACUACGCGCCCGUCCUCAAGGAGACCUUCCGCAUUCCACAGAGCGUCGGCAUCUCCGGCGGCAAACCCCGAGCCUCCCUCUACUUUGUUGGCAAUCAAGACGACUAUGUGUUCUAUUUGGAUCCGCACACGGUGCAGCCGGCCCCGCGAUUUCCCGAAGUAGGGGACGUGCCCGCCUCGGAGGACGUCUACGACACCUUCCACUGCUCCGCGCCGCUCCGGCUGCCCAUUCGGGAUAUCGAUCCGUCGCUCUGCCUGGCGUUCUACUGUCGCAACAGGGAAGACUUUGACGACUUCUGCGCUCGUGCCAUUCAGUUGUCGGAAGGGCCGAUGCCGAUCUUCACGGUGGCGGAGCGGAUGCCGGAUUACUUGGUGCGGCCCAAGCCGCCCAAGCACUCGGAGAAACUCUUCUCUGACGACGAGGACGACGUCGUCUUCAUCUAA